AAGUGGCCUUCACUGUAACAUUUCCUUUAAUUGCACUUUUCCCCCAAAGUCUCCUUCAUCUUCAUCAUUCCCUUCGCUUUCAAGCAAAAGUACGGUUGGCUCUUCGAAAUCUUCGAGCUUCCGACGAAUUCUCCCCUGCAAAUCUUCGAAAAUGGAAGGGCAGGACUCAGAUGUGCAGAAGCAGAGCACUGCUGAUAUGACGGCUUUCGUCCAAAAUCUUCUGCAGCAGAUGCAAUCGAGGUUCCAAACAAUGUCUGACUCUAUCAUCACGAAGAUAGAUGAGAUGGGGUCCAGGAUAGAUGAGCUGGAGCAGAGCAUCAACGAGCUCAGGACUGAAAUGGGGAUCGAGGGGUCUCCUUCGCCGGUCCCACCAAAGGGAAAGCCAACCGAUGAUUCUGCUUGAAGUUCAUAGCCGUGAGAAAGGUCUUUUGUACCGGUUCGUUCAAGAUACCAUCAACCGCAUGAGUUGUUUAUUUUGCUAGCUUUUGGUGUUCGGUGCUGAAAACCAUGGUUGUGAAUGUAUGAACGUAAAGAAAAAUCUACGAGGUUUAUUUUUGCACCUAUGCCUUUGGCCUUGUAUUUCUAACUUCGCCUUUACAAUACAGUCCUCGAGCUGUUGAG